UUUGCCGUCACAGAGCGAGCGAGAGAGAGAGAGAGAGAGCAGAGAGCAAACCCUAAGAGAGAGAGAGAGAAGAUGAAGAGGAACCCACGCGUGUCGAGCUCCAGGCGCAAGAGCCGCAAGGCCCACUUCACGGCGCCGUCGAGCGUCCGCCGCGUCCUGAUGAGCGCGCCGCUCUCCUCGGACCUCCGGUCGAAGUACAACGUCCGGUCCAUGCCGGUGCGCAAGGACGACGAGGUCCAGGUGGUGCGUGGGACCUACAAGGGCCGGGAGGGCAAGGUGGUGCAGGUCUACCGCCGCAAGUGGGUCAUCCACAUCGAGCGGAUCACCCGCGAGAAGGUCAACGGAUCCACGGUCAACGUCGGAAUCAACCCGUCCAAGGUCCUCAUCACCAAGCUCAGGUUGGACAAGGACCGCAAGUCGCUGCUGGACCGCAAGGCCAAGGGAAGAGCCGCCGCCGAUAAGGACAAAGGCACCAAGUUCACGGCGGAGGACAUCAUGCAGAACGUGGAUUGAGGUCUCUCUUGAUUUUGGUAGUGGAAAUUAGUCACUGGUGAAAUGAGGUUUUUUUUUUAUGUUUAGUGGUUUUAUUUUUAAGCAAGAAUCGAUGGAUUUCGGACCCUUUUUAUGUUUUAAUGCUUUAUGGAGGUUUAUGUGUUGGAUCUUCGAUAUGGAUUUUGUGAUGGUUUUAAUGCUAUAAUAUUUUGGUACUCCAUAAUUUGUUUUUGUGUA